AUGGCGCGGGGCGGGGCAACGGUCUGGUUUGGACAGUUGGAGACAUCCGCUUCCGGGGUCGCGGCCAUCACUCUCCCUGGUUCACCGAGCCCGCCAGGCUUUACGCAGGCCCAGAUCUCUGCCCCAACCACCUCUGAGUCGCUGCCGCUCUCGCCCCGGCUCCCGACGCCUGCGCUCCGCCGCCGAUCCUCUCAGGCAGUCAUGUUGGAGCAUCUGGGCUCGCUGCCCACGCAAAUGGAUUACAGGGGCCAGAAGCUAGCUGAACAGAUGUUUCAGGGAAUUAUUCUUUUUUCUGCAAUAGUUGGAUUUAUCUAUGGGUACGUGGCUGAACAGUUCGGAUGGACUGUCUAUAUAGUUAUGGCCGGAUUUGCUUUUUCAUGUUUGCUGACACUUCCUCCAUGGCCCAUCUAUCGUCGGCACCCCCUCAAGUGGUUACCUGUUCAAGAUUCAGGAACAGAAGACAAGAAACCAGGGGAUAGAAAAAUUAAGAGGCAUGCUAAAAAUAAUUGAUUGGGGUUUUUGUGGUUCAGCUUUACUAUAGCACCUGCUUUUGUCUCCUCUGAAUGAACCAAAUUGCUUUCCUACCCAAAACAGAAGUUAAAAAACACCUAUGUUCUUAUGGCACAGCUGUGUGUAGAUUGUGCUCUCUAUUUAAUUUCUAACCAGUGGGUUUUGAUUUAGAAGUAUUUUAGGCCCUCUCUUCAUAAUCUUGCUCUGAAAUUGGAGAACAGAAAACACAAGUAUGCACAGUUUCUUUCAGGCCUACAUAAAUAAUGAAGGAAAAAUGCCUCAAAUGGUAGUACAAUUUAACUAUUAAAGUUUGAUAAUUCAUUGAGUAAGCUGUUUAAUGUUUUCAAUUAAAAGUCAGAACACAAGU